UUGGGAAUUGUUUAUUUUUAUUGUGAAUGUUGAAUUUUUAUUAGAAUAAAUAUUAUUUAAUAUAUAUAAUAGUGAUAUAAUAUGUAAAUUAAAUAUACAUUUAAAACCUAAGUUGUAGUCAUCGAAAGCAUAAACUUAAAAAGUGAAUUACGACACUCAAAUUCAAGAUUAACUUGAUUCGGUUUUUUCUGAUUUUAAAGUGCUGUGUCCCCGGGGAUCCUUUGCAUGCCCUAAUUUGUGAUAAAAACACACGAUUCCACAAAGUGUAAUGGAAUUUUUUUAGCUCCGAAAAUGGCAGAAUGUAGUACAAGAAAAUCAGAAAACUUUUUAAAAUUAGAAAUUCAAGAUAUUGAAGUUUCCGUUGAAAAAGUUAAAUGUGAAAGUAACGAGUGUCUCAUAUGCGUUACGCAAAACACGGAGUGUAAAGACAUCCACAACACAAACACAAACUUAUCCGGCACUCCGUUAUACGAGUACCUGUUAAAAUUCACGAACACCAACCUUUUAUAUUGUCAGAGCUACGCGAAACACAUCUGCAAUACGUGUUUAAACCUGGUCAACGAUUUAGAGAAAGCGGAAUUGGAAUAUUUGACGCUGAAAGAUAACUUCGAAUUGAUUAUAAGCAAUAAUCCUUUGUUUAAUUCGUCAAGAAAGCCGGAGAACGUAGACCAAUUUGAGUCACUUUAUCCUGAUGACUCCGAGCUACGAGAUCAAGGACAGGAGUUCCACAAGGAUGGAGAGAACACAAAUUAUCUUAACACUUCAGUGAAAUUGGAGCCGGUGACUGAAGAUGACCAACAUGUUUACCCAGUUAGAGAUGACCUUGUCAAUGAUGAUGAUGAUAGCGAUUACUGUCCAAAGGUCAAUAGAACAAAGACGGCAGCACGAGGUAGGAGGAAAGGUGCGAAGGCUGCCGGUCUAAAAGAUGGCGCCACGCGUAAAAGGAGAACUGUUGCAAAGAAACAUAUCACCGAUAACAAAAUAUACGAAUGCACAGACUGUCAGCGAACAUUCACGCAGAAGGGAAAUUAUAAUAGGCACAUGACCACUCACACCGGGGUCAUGCCGUUCCAAUGCCCCACGUGUGACCGGCGAUUCAACAGAAAAGACCACUUACUAAAUCAUAUAAGAACUCACACGGGCGAGAAACCUUAUGAGUGCAACUUCUGCCUGGUCAAGUUUAAUCAAAAAGGCAGCAUAAUAAAACAUUUGAGGACCCACACCGGCGCCGAGCCCUUCGAAUGUAACCAAUGUUCGAAGCGUUUCAAACAGCGGCCGCAUCUAAACAGUCAUCUAAGAACACACACGGGCGAGAAACCUUACGAGUGUCAUUAUUGCCGCCGAAAAUUCGCCGAGAGUUCGAAAUUGAAGAUACAUUUGAGAAUACACACCGGAGUGAAGCCAUACAAGUGUCAGUUUUGUGCGCGCGAGUUUAAUCAGAGCGGCAAUUUGCAGUGUCAUUUGAGGACUCACACUAACGAGAAACCUUACGAGUGUUCUAUGUGCGAUAAACGUUUCAAUUUGAAACACCAUUUGAGAGAUCAUAUCAGGAAUCAUACGGGCGAGAAACCUUACAAUUGUUAUGUUUGUGGACAGAAGUUUAAUUAUAGACAUAUCAUGGAACAUCAUGUGAAGGUUAUGCAUCCAGGAGCGCUGGUCAGCGAGUUUAUGGACGUAGUUGACGCUGAACCAGAAAUAGAGAUUAUGGUGAAUGAGGAUGAGGUAGUUAGUUUGAACCCACAACAGCAAGAGGAGGUUAAACUAAUUCAAAAAUGUGCAUCUAAACAUGUAAUACACCCAAACGAAAAAUUGCCAUUUGACAUGGCCGAAACUAGUAAUAUAGACGGCGAUCCACAAUUAUUACUAGGAGGAAGUAUAAAGGAAGAAGUGAGCGAUCCGAUUGAUAAUCCACAGCCGCCGGAAUGCGUGGUUUGUGUCGCCGAGAGCUCUGAAAAUUACGAUAUAUUCACAACUAAAACAUCUUCGUUAAAAACGCCGUUGCACACAUUUCUCAGCAAAUUUACGAACACGGAGCUACCGUUCGAUCGAAACUUAACUAAAUACAUAUGCAAGACGUGUCUAGACCUCGUCAAUGAGUUGGAGCAAGCUGAAAUUGUGUACAUACAGUUGAAAAGUGAUUUUGAAUUUAUCAUUAGCAAGAACCCUUUAUUUCACUUGCCAAUGUCGAUUUCGGGUUUGAAAAGUGUUCGGCGAGACAGUGGUGGCUCUAGUGACUCGGACAACCAGCCUCUUGUAGUGAGAGCUGUUGAUCCGAUAGCGGAAGAUCCUCAGUGUAGUCAAUCGAUGAUUGUCAAUAUAAAAAAGGAACCUGUUGAUGAUGGUGACUUCAUAAGCUGUGAAACGCUACUGAAAGUUGAAAUACAACAUGAUGAUGUGGACCCGAUUGGAAUAGAGGAAGAGGAUAAAAACACUGUCACGGAUGUGAAGCCAAGGACUAGAGGUCGCCCGCCCGGUCAGAAAUCGAAACCAAACGAGAAACAAGCGAAGAAAUGUCAUGAGUGCAGCGUAUGCAAACGCACCUUCAAAUACAACAGCCUAUUACUGAUACAUUUGCGUACGCACACCGGUGAGAAACCUUACGAAUGUAGCGAGUGUCACAAGAGAUUUAACCAGAAGAUUCAUUUGAAAAAUCAUUCAGUUACACACGGACUCAGCACACCGAAGCCGGAGUUGUGUCUUGAAUGUCACAUUUGUCAAAAACAGUUCAAGAGGAAACAUCAUUUGAAGGAGCAUUUGCGUAUACACUCGGACGAUAAGCCGUUCAAAUGCGAAUUGUGUUCGUACUCGUCUAUAAGGAAACGUGAUAUUGUGAAUCAUUUCACUACGCAUACGGGUGAGAGGCCGCACGAGUGUCACAUAUGCUUGCGAAGGUUUCAUUUUAAGAGUACGCUCAGGGAGCAUUUUAGGACGCACACGGGUGAGAAACCUUACGCGUGCAAGCUCUGUCCGCGCCGUUUCAGCCAUUUGCACGUGUUGAAGAGUCACACGAGGACGCACACGGACGAGAAACCCUAUGAGUGUGAGAUUUGUAAGCAGAGGUUCAAUCAGAGGUCGCAUUUGAAAUCUCACAUGGCGAUACACACAGGCGAGAAACCUUACGCGUGCACGUUGUGCGCGAGACGUUUUCACAGGAAAAGGGCACUCGAAGAGCACGUGAGAACUCAUACAGGUGAGAAACCAUUUGAAUGUCACAUUUGCUUACACAGAUUCGCUCAAAGGAGCAACUUGUUGAAACACCUGAGAAACCACGAGAAACACAAAGUUAUGAGGGUGGGGAAGAAAAAUUUACCACCUCCAGUCACCACUGCGGAUAAUUUGACAGAUGUCGCGUCAUUGCCCCUUGUGGGGUGGAUAGAACCUCAAAUUGAACAAGAAGGCCAUAUUUAACUUAGUUUUUUAUGUAAGUCAUUGAUGAUAACUUAGAUUAUAGACUUUUCUUGGCACCAAUAUCUCAGUACCUUUUUUUCUUAGUAUUAUUUUUACAUAUAGGCACGUCUAUAUCACUUGCGGGUUAGACAGAGCCAACAGUCUUGACAGGACUAAAAGUUCAGCUAUAUGGCUUUACAAUGGAAUUGAAAAAAAAAAUUAUAUUCUGUCAUGUAGGUAUAUUAAAUUAAAUAAGUAAUAUCAAAGCUUUUUAUUAUGUACAGCACACAUCAUGUCAAAAAAAUAUUUAUUUCUUAUUGUAUUUAAUACAAAUAGUUUAACUGUGUAAGGUAAUAUAAAUUUUACCGAUUCACAUAGUACAUACAUACAUAUAAUCACGUCUAUAUCCUUUGCGGGGUAGGCAGAGCCAACAGUCUUGAAAAGACUGAUGGGCCAUGUUUAGCUGUUUGGCUUAAUGAUAGAAUUGAGAUUCAAAUAGUGACAGGUUGCUAGCCCAUGGCCUAAAAAGAAGAAUCCCAAGUUUGCAAGCCUAUCCCUUAGUCGCCUUUUACGACAUCCAUGUGAAAGAGAUGGAGUGAUCCUAUUAUUUUAUGUACUGGUGCCAGGAACCACACGGCACAGUACAAAAAAGUAAGUAAGUAUAAAAUAAUAUAAUAUACAUAUAGUAAUAAGUCUAAAAUAAGAAUUAAAUUAUAUGAUUGUAGUCAUGUAAUUAGUGUAAUUAAAUUUUGAACUUUGCUUUGCAUUUUGUUUAAAGAAAAUACAUUUUCUGCCAACGAAUUUAUAAACCGUUUGUUAUAUAAAUUGAAAAGUUAAGUUCCGUUUACAUGUCUUAAUUGUAAGAAUAAAGUUGUACAUAAAUUAGUUUCAAAUUC